AUGCCAGGAACGUGUGUGGUGCUUGUUUUUCUCAUAUCAUGCCUUCUUAUCGUGCCCUCAAACCAAUUUCUAUUCGAAGAAAACACACAGCCAGAACCACAACCCUCCACGCCAAAUGAAAGUGAUCCAGCAAAUGAAAGCGGAAGUUAUAACAGCAGCGCCACCAACGGCCAUUCCCGAAAGACGUUAAAUUCAAAUUCGCCCAUGAGUGUUGCUCAAUUUCGAACUUCUGUGCCAAUGCGCAUCUACGAAUGCCUUAGAGAUUACAGUACCAUGCGUUGUACGAAAUUAUUUGUUUUGCAAAAAUUGGAGCGCAAAAAUUGGGUCAACACAGGAAAUUUAACCAAAGAUUUCCUCAAUCAAUUCUUUGGCGAGGAAGAGCGUAUGGGAAGCCUGGUAACGGAGCGCUUGCGCAAAUUAUCAGAUAAGGAUAUAAAUAAGAAGCUGGUAGUGAGCUUGCAACGAUUUUUCAAAGAUCGCGAUAUUCGUUUGCAAUUCUUACCCGGGUUGAUGGUGAAAAUCAUACCCAAUAAGGAAAACAAAUUGAAAUUUUCCCUAAAAAAGAAGAGCAAAUAUCAGCAUCACAAUGAAGCGCGAAGUCAAGAUUCAUCCAUGCUUACGAGUAUUCACAAAGACAAAGGUUUGCUUGACAAUAGCGGGGAGAGCCAUGUGAUCAACAGUUUGGAGGACGAUGACAUCGAUGGCAAGUCCAAGAUCAAGGGAUCUAAACAUAAGAAAAUAAAAAAGGAUAAAAUCUCGUACAAAUCGACCAUAUUACAAAUGGCUGUUCCGGUGAUGAUGAUGCCGGCCAUUCUAAUGGGCACAUUCCUGCCCUUUAUUUUACCUGUCCUGAAAAUGGCCACUCUCACCACAAUGAUUAUGAAUAACACAGCUUUUAUGGCAGCCCUAAUUUAUGCAGCUCGCACUCAUGUCAAUGCCCAGCAGGAGCAACCCAUCAACUAUAGCUAUGGAGGGCAUCCAAUUGGUUAUCAUUAA